GUGGGAGGAUUAAUUAAACAUUAGACACGAAAUCUGAAGUUUUUGAUACUCAAAUCAAUUAGAACUUCAAUUUAUUUAUAUUAAUACAAAACAGUCCUAUAUUAAAUCCUAUAUAUUAAUUCAUUAUUCCAAAUACAAUGUUAGUCUUGGUGCUUGGAGAUCUACACAUUCCGCACAGAUGCAGUAGCCUGCCACCAAAAUUCAAGAAGCUUCUACUGCCAGGCCGCAUACAGCAUAUUCUGUGCACUGGUAACCUGUGCACUAAGGAGUCAUAUGAUUAUUUGAAGACAUUGGCCAGUGAUGUUCAUGUUGUUAGAGGGGAUUUUGAUGAGAAUUCAACAUAUCCAGAACAGAAAGUGAUAACAGUAGGCCAAUUCCGUAUUGGUCUGAUCCAUGGUCACCAGGUGGUUCCAUGGGGGGACGAAGAGUCCUUGGCUCUGGUGCAAAGGCAGCUGGACGUAGACAUCUUGAUAUCGGGCCACACGCACCGCUUUGAAGCAUAUGAGCAUGAGAAUAAGUUUUAUAUCAACCCUGGAUCUGCUACUGGAGCAUACAGUCCACUAUUCAGGAAUCCAACACCAUCUUUUGUACUGAUGGACAUACAGAGUGCCACAGUUGUUACAUAUGUAUAUAAACUAUUAGGUGAUGAGGUUAAAGUUGAGAGAAUUGAAUACAAGAAAGCAUAGUUAU